AUGGAGAAGGUGAAGCUGCCGAGCUGCAAGUACAAUGGAACCACAACACCCAAAAGCCACAUAUCAGCUUUCGAGAAUCAUAUGGUACUCUACACCAUGACGGACUUAGUCUGGUGUAAGGUUUUCCCACCAACUUUAGAGGGGCUGGCAGCGGAAUGGUACGACGCCAUCCCCAAAUGUUCAGUAUACUCGUACAACCAGCUGAAGAGAAUGUUCAUGGAGCAUUUCAUAAACUUGGUGGACAGAACCAAGAUGACAACCGAGAUGAUGUCCCUGGUUCAGGGAAAGGAUGAGCCUCUGAGGGAGUUCAUCACCAGAUUCAACAAGGAGGCAACAACCAUUCCAAAUAUGAGCCAAGAAGUAGCGCUAUUAGCAAUGCAGAGUGGCCUACUGCCAGGGUCACCAUUCAGAGCAUAUAUGGGGCGUAAGAGCCUCAAAACGCUCGCUGAAGCGCUGGGUAAAGCGCAUGAGUUUAUCAAAGCAGACGAGACUGACAGAGCAAUGCUGGGUAGGAAAGAAACAGGUGACUCAGUUAAGCGGGCAGAGGUCACCCGGGCAGAGAACACACCCGGAAUGGACCAACCAAGCAGAGCUGAGCAAAAUCGCAGAGAAGCGGACAGGGCAGUGGGACUAAGAAGGUCCGAUCCAAGGAGAGGGCCAAGGCCUGGGAAGUUUGAUCAGUAUACCCCACUAAACCAUUCCAGAUCACACAUAUUCAGCGUAAAUAAGGCUGAUGAUAAGUGGCAGAGGCCUCCAAGGAUGGUAAACAGGAGUCGUGAUACGAGUAAGUGGUGUGACUUUCACGGGUGA